GUGUACAACCACAUGUUGAAGCGAUACGCCCGAUUGGAGGACAGAGUCCUGCAGAAGAGCAGCACCUGAACCUGAGCCGCCACAACCAAUCAGAGCUGUCGAUGGAAAUCAGACGAGGUUUAGAGGAAGUAAACAGCAGCUGCUGCUUCACAAACAGGAAACAUGAAUGAACUGUAAACAACAUUUUACAACAUGGCUGAGACGUCAGCUGACAGACCAGCAGCAGCUUUGGACUGGUUUGAUUUAUCUACAAACACCUUUAUUUCCUCUGUGAACAGGUCUGUCUCUGUGUGGACAUUUCACAGGUUUGAUCCCAGAAGCUGCCUGUUAAACCUCUGGAGCCUAAAACCUUAAGAAGCCCUCAGAAUACAGACGAAUGUUUCAUUCAUUCGUUUGUUUUCUCUGGGAUAAAAUACAUUUUAUUUCUAAAUGAUCACCUGCAGCCCUCAGGCUCCUUCCACUGAUUAAUUAGACUUAACUGCUGUAAAAAAAAGUCGUCAUUUGAAGAGUGAAUUUGAAUAAUGUGUCUCAUUAAGGAUGAAAAAUCCUCCCCUGUAAUUCAUCAUUGAAUAUUUAUAAAAUAUUGAAGACCCAGGUGAGACGUGUUCUCAUUUUGUCAGUCAUCCUGACAGCUGCUUCACAUGUUUAAAUACAUCUGCUGUUUGACCUUCAUGCACUCAGUGGUAACGCCUCCAACAGCCCUCAGCUUCAGCAGUUUAUACAUGAAGAGGAGGAGGAUCCUGCACUCUGAUUGGCUGCUGCUGUUCCCACGUGAUAAAUGACGAAGAGGUAAAAUAUGAAGGAUAAGAAAUACGACCUAUGGGAACGUUACUGCUUCAGCUUUGGAAUAGAAAACCAUAACAGGAGACAUAACACUACUACACGUCAUCUGCGUCAGUGAAGGUUUGAGCCAAUCAGGACAAAGUGCUGUCGUCACAGCGGUGGCUCCAAGUCAGCCGCCUUACUUUUUAAAAAUUAAAUUAUUUGUAUUUAAUGUUAUUAUUAUUUUUGUUAUAUUCAUUUUUAUAUUAUGUUUUAUACACCCCUGGCAACACAGUAUUGUUGUAUAGAAAAUUGUUGAUAAAGCAUAAAAAAACAAAAACAAAAAAACAGGCGCGUGUCAUUUGAUUGGACGUCAGAGAGCGUAACGGAGGCGGAGCUAGCUAACAGCGUCUGUAGCUACUAGCACGAGCUAAAACACGUUAGUAUAGAUGUAACAGCUGCUGUGUGGCUGAAGGAGGAGUUCAGACUCUGUUGUAGAGGUUUAUCUGUGAGUCUCAGUCCAACAAUAAGUCCUUUUCUGUCGCUGUGGAGGCUAACGAUGAAAGUCCAUUCAGAUUCACCGGGAAAGUUUAAAUUCUCCUCAGCGCUGAGAAAGUCCACACAGGCUGAUUUUGAUUUGUUUACAGUGAAUCCGCAGUUUCGGUGACCUGAAACACGAGCCGAGUGAACGACUGAUGACUCGAGAAGAUGAUGCUGGGCCCAACUCCAACCAUCCGGUCGAGUCGAGUCGAGUCAACGCUGCAGAGGACGAGUCGAUCCAGCCAGGGUUCAGGGCUGAGCCACGGCGAGGCCGACACCAGGGAGUGUCUCUACUACAACGUCAACUUUGAGAUCGAGAAGACGAACCAGAGCGGGGUGGAGCACUGCGAGGGCGAGAAGGACAAACGCUCGCACUGCUACGCCUCCUGGAGGAACAACUCGGGCUCCAUCGAGCUGGUGAAGAAGGGCUGCUGGCUCGACGACUUCAACUGCUACGACCGACAGGAGUGUGUGGCGACGGAGGAGAGUCCUCAGGUCUUCUUCUGCUGCUGUGAAGGAAACUUCUGUAACGAGAGGUUCACACACCUGCCUGACGUCACUGGGCCACUGAUUAAAGCCCCGCCCUCCAGCGUCGGCGUGUUAAACGUGAUGAUUUACUGCCUGCUGCCCGUCACCAUGCUGUCUGUGGCUCUGCUCACCGCCGUCUGGAUGUACCGACACCGGAAACCUCCGUACGGUCACGUGGACAUCGCUGAGGAUCCUGGUCCUCCACCAGCCUCCCCCCUGCUGGGUCUGAAGCCUCUGCAGCUGCUGGAGGUGAAGGCCAGAGGCCGCUUCGGCUGCGUCUGGAAGGCCCAGAUGAUGAACGAAUUUGUGGCCGUGAAGAUCUUCCCCAUCCAGAACAAGGAGUCGUGGCAGAACGAGAGAGACGUGUUCAUGACGCCGGGUAUGAGGCACGAAAACAUCCUGAGGUACAUCACCGCAGAGAGACGAGGGAGUCACCUGGAGGCCGAGCUGUGGCUCAUCACCGAGUUCCACGAGAGGGGCUCUCUGUCCGACUUCCUGAAGGGAAACGUGGUCAGCUGGUCCGAGCUGUGUCACAUCGCCGAGUCGAUGGCGUGCGGCCUGGCGUACCUUCACGAAGACGUCCCCCGGCAGAAAGGAGAGGGACCCAAACCGGCCAUCGCUCACAGGGAUUUUAAGAGUAAGAACAUCAUGUUGCGUUCAGACCUCACUGCAGUAAUCGGUGACUUUGGUCUGGCCGUUCUCUUCGAGCCGGGGAAACCACCUGGAGAGACACACGGACAGGUGGGGACGAGGCGGUACAUGGCUCCGGAGGUUUUAGAAGGAGCCAUCAACUUCCAGCGAGACGCCUUCCUUCGAAUCGACAUGUACGCCAUGGGCCUGGUGCUGUGGGAGCUGGUGUCCCGCUGCAAGGCUGCUGACGGUCCGGUGGAUGAGUACAUGCUGCCGUUUGAGGAGGAGGUCGGUCAGCAUCCGACCCUGGAGGACCUGCAGGAAACAGUCGUCCACAAGAAGAUGAGACCGGUCCUCAAAGACCUGUGGCUCAAACACAGCGGUCUGGCUCAGGUCUGCGAGACGGUGGAGGAGUGCUGGGAUCACGACGCCGAGGCUCGCCUGUCGGCCGGCUGCGUGGAGGAGAGGAUCUCCCAGGUGCGCCGCCUCACCGCCACCAUCGCCCCGCCUACCUCCGACCACCACGCCCUGCUGGUCUCCACGGUCGCACCUGUUCCCAUGGUAACCAACGUGGACCUGCCGCCCAAAGAGUCCAGUAUAUGAGAAGACAGGAUGAGUCCGACACAACAAACUAAAGUUUUCUCAGAGGCCUGUUGUUACCGGUGAUUUCUCCUGAUGUUCGGUUCAACGUCCUCUGGAAACUAAAACACACACACACACACACACACACACACACACACACACACACACACACACACACACACACAUUCUCUUUUCUCAGUGGAAUUUUACAACCGACACCAGAAAUCCGGCGCGAGAGCAGCUGCUAUUUUAUCUCUGGAUUGUGUUUUUUAUUUGAGCCUCUCUCUUCAUCCUCUUGGACAGAUAUUACCAGCACACGUCCUCGUUUUUCCUACGUUGUCAUGUCCUUUUUUUAACCAGGUGUGUGUGUGUGUUUUAUGAAAACACAAAGCAAACAUGCACACACACACACACAGGAACACCCAACACUGAAACGCAUUCAGGUCCCGACUCAGUGAAUGCUCUUCUAUCUCCAGGUACCUCAGCGACGACUUUCGUUACGUUUGCAGAUUUUUGAAUCGUUUUCCUCGUGCAUUCCUCCCUCUGCUGUCUUCUUCUACUCCUGCGACAGAUCUGGAUUUAUCUACCUACCUGGCAACUUUGCAACCGCGUCACCUAGCAACCGCCGACCAUCAACCCUGCCUGUUGGGACAGGACGUUUUUUUACUACAAUGCUGCAGAACCCUCGUAGGAACUCGAUGACUGUUACACAAACACCGACAGCAAAGGUUUUAAAGUUGAGUUUUUCUACCUUGGACUGUUUUUCUUUUCUACUUUUCUCCUGUUACCACACGUUACUAUUCACACACGACAAACCUUCGGAUCCAACGGGUCGUAUCCAAAAAGACAGGAAACAGGAAGUGAGGUCAGAAGGAAAGAUGUGAAAAACAAAAAGCAGAAAGACAGUUUGUUUUUAUCGUGAAGGUUUCCUUUCUCUCUCUCUCUCUAUUUUGUGUUUAACUCUAUAAUUUGAGGUUGAAGACUGAGAGAAGUCUGACGGGACUGGUUGUCAGGAAGCAGGAGGCAGAUGUCUUGCAUGCAGAGAUUUGAUUGGCUGACUGUGCUCAACCACAGCAUUUUGGUUGGCUUGGAAAUAAAACUUCUCAGGUAACCAGGUCUACAGGGGUUGGGGGGGGGAUUGAUGUCAGGCUAUGCUGGCCGCAAGUUUCUGUAGUUGAGAAGGGGCGGGGCCAACAAUGGGUGUGGCCAAUGAACGACUUUGGUGGGAGGGGUUUAUCUGAGGGUGCUUAAAGCCUAUUGGCUGUCCUGAACAUGUAAAUUUGCAAGGUGCCCAAACAAAAGGGGAAAACACGUGUUACCCUGAAAACAAGGUGCAAGACCUCAGGAUGCAUAGAACGGUUUAUGCAUUUAGGUCAGCGUGUGUGUGAGAGUGUGUGUGAGAUAUGGUAUGUAUGUGUGAGUGUGUGUGAGUGUCUGUGUGAACACAACAGUCACAUGACGUGACAGAUGAUGAGUUUCUUUUGUUUGUUUACUUUGUUUUGAGUUGUUGCAGAGUCCUGCAGUCGCUAACCUACUUCCUGGUUUUAGCAUCAGUGCUGCAGGACUCUGUUACCUGGAGGUUAGGUGAAGGACCUGUGACCUUUGACCUCCUCUGUCAUGUUACCUUCUAACUUCACCACCUUCUGACUUGUUUCAGGUACAUCAAUCACACAGAGGUCAAAGGUCAUCAGUCUCCUCCUCACUUACCUCCUACCCUCUACUCUUAUUCUCUCUUCUUUUUUUUUUUUUUUCCCUCCUUCAACCGGGACCAAAACCGGGGCGUUGGCCUUCUGCCCCGGAAACCGGCUGCAAAGAGUCCAGUUCAGAAACUCACUUCAUCCUCUGACGUCUUUACUAACGAUGAAAACUGGAAACAAAAACAAGGAACUCUGUUGGUUUUUAAAGUUUGUACUUUUUGUUCCUUCUGUGACGCCAUACAUGUAACAGUGAAUGUCUACAAUGCUGCUGCUGCUGACGAUGACGAAGAUGAAGAUGAUGAUUCAAACUCAAAGAUGAAUAUAUUUCUGUAUAUUCCUUUUGAUUGUUUAUUUUACUUUCGGUGCGUUGAAAACAUGCAACUCUCCGUACGACGUCAGCGAAGCGACGGGAGGCGUCACACGUUUGAAACCGCCGGAACGACGACGACUCGCGAACGAGAGAGAACGACGUUGACUAAUAAACGAAUAGAAAGGAAAAGGCGGGAGAAGACUACGUCAGAACAAUACUGCUCAUGAACCACAGAUCACCUCAAUACACCAGAAAUACCUCAGACUUUUCUACGUUUAAAGUUCUGUUUCUAUAUUUUAUUAGUUGCUUUGACAACUUGUAGUCACAUGAUAUUUUAUUGUGAACGUUUAUUCUUUGUUUGACUUUUGUUUUUUACUCUUGGAUUAGAGACGUUCAUGUUUUUUUUCUCCAAACUGAAGAAGAAGAAAUGCUACCAGGUGACAGCGAAACUCGAACCUCCACGUUGUAAAUAAAAAUAAUUUUUUUCUUUCUUUAACUUUUUUUUCUUUUAGACUGAUCUGAUCUGAACUGCCGAUAUCAUAAAACCACCUGGACUGAGCUGGACUUCCUCUCUUCAUUCCUCCUCCUCUCCUUUCAUUUUCUUGUUUCUCAGCUUCUCCUCUUCUCUGCUCGUCUUCUCAUCCUUCUGUCUUUUGACUCUUCCUCCUCUUAUAUCCUUCCUUCUCUCUCUUCUCUCGUCUUCCAGUUUCAUCAAAUAAUCUGUUCUUCUCUUCUUCUUCAUCUUUCUCCUUUCUCUCCAUUUCCUGGUGUCGUCAUUGCUGUGCCUUUGUUUUACUUCAUCUGAACGUUUCCGCCUUUCUUUCUUCCUCUGGUUCCCUUCUUCACUUCCUUCCUGUGAAUGAAAAGUCGCGUUUUCCUGAACAUCACACCUGUGUAUGUGUCUCAGAUUAAAACAAAAAGUUAAAUCGUGUUCGAUGAAAUGAAUCAAACUAAUCAGAGAGACCCUGCAAUAAUCUUCUCUGCACGUACUCAGGUGUGAUCUCCAUGUGACUCUCAACCCUCUCAGACGAAGACAAACUGACUGACAGACGCAGACUGACUCAGAUCCAGGUGUUUCCAGGUGUUUUCAGGAACAUAUUACCUCAUUAAAGCCACACGGGCAGAAACAGUGUGCUAUAGGAAGGCGACCGCACUCGGUGCCGGUGGGAAGAGGAAGCUGACGUUAACGUUCAGGAUGAGAAACACGGGGUCAUCGACACAUGAUCAGAAACCAAACACACGUGUUACCUGUGGUUUACAUCAGGAAACAUUCACCAGGAAGGAGUCACACUGUGUCGGGGAAAUCAGAGUUAGCAUUGUUAGCAUCCCACAGUGAAACCAGUGGGGUAUCUGACUGAAACCAAACGGGGACCAAUCUGUUGAAUGCUAACACUCCUCUUCAACCAACUCAAGUGCCAAUCCAGCCAACGGUUCCCCGUCACGAUGUGACGCCCAAAGCUCUUAGUUUCACCCUGUAUCAACUACAGUACAUGUACUACUUUAACUCAGUUAGCUUGUACUGUUAGCACUGAGUUGGCUAACAUAUCACACUUGUAUAGCGAACCCGCUAAAGAAUAACCUUAGUAAUUUUAUGGUGACGGAAUAAACGGCGAGCUAAAAAAAUCAGAGUGAGAAAAGAGCCACGUGAACCAACAUGGCCGCACUUCUGGGCUUCCACUGAGCGUGGGAAACGAGUCGUCAUCCGAGUCCUCCAGGUCAUAAACCAGAGGAAACCUUAGACGAGUUUAACACUGUGAUUGGAAAAGUACCAGACUCAUGCUUUUUGUUUUUUAACAGAGAGCUGUGUUUUAAAUGAAGCUGUAGAAGUCACGAAAAGAUGAUUUGUUUUAACGCUCAGGAGCCUCUUUAAUAUGUGCACCUGUACCGGUACACCUGUACAGUCUAAUGUUGUAUUGGAUUGCAUUAGACUGCACAGGUGUGCCUAAUGAAGUGUGUAUAGUUUGAACAAAACGUGUGUUCUUCAGGAACAUGAUAAAAAAUCGUAUCUUUCAGGACUCCUGAGUUUUAAAAACACGUCUUAUGCUUCUUAAAAUAUUUGGUUUUUUAAAAACUUGUAUUUAAACCCGUUUUUCUUGUUGUUUUCCACCAGCACAGAUUUAAACACAGACAGACGUACAGUCCUGACCAGCGUGUCAGCUGACGUUAUCGGUGGAGGACCCGGCGAGUAGCGUUUCCCCGGCUUUCAUUAGAAGUCACCAUUUAAAGGCUCGUUUUCGCUCGUUUUUGUGCAAGUGAUGCUUCCAUUUUUUUGGCCACUCAAGUGCCUGUGAGGACGAAUCAAGAAGUCAGCACUUCUUCUUGAUUUCUCCUGAGCGUGUACAAAUGUUUUUCCUGUCAGUAAACUCGGGCCUUAGUCAGCGACAGAAGGUUUACCUGAACAGAAAGCUGUGACGUCACGUCCACCAUGUGAUAAUAUCUCUGACCUGUCGACUUGGUGAAAUCUCCUCUGAGCUUCCUGCCUCUUUUUCUUUGUAGAACUAAAGAGAUCAGAGACAGUGUCUGAUAAUCCAUCACUAACCAAGGAACUGACCUGAAAUCAGUGUUAAAGGCUUCCACCCUCUCAGGAAGAGGUGGGGGGCUCUGGAGGAGGGGGCAGUGACUGAAUAACAGGUGGAUCUGAUUCAGGACUUUCCCAGGCAUGUUGUUAACAAACCGCUGCUGUUACUCUCUUAUCCUGAACAAACCAGGUGUGUAAAGAUGGCGGCUUCCUGUUUGAUAUCGUGUUCGUAACAUCAGGUGUCAGUUUAGACAGAAAACCAUUAAAACAGGUCAAAUAAAGAAUAAGACGUGAAGCUGAUGAGAUGAUAAAAGACUAAAUUUCUGUCUAAUCUCACAUCAGACAGAGCAGAGAUCAAACUGAGAGGCGGCUAUCUUUACAAAACCUCCUCCACCAGGACACCAUGACGAUGAUGAUGAAGAUGUGGUGUGAAAUGUAAAUCUUGUACCUUAUGUUUCACUGUUGUAGCUCAACUGUAGAACACAGAGACAAACUUGUACUACUGAUUUAACAGAUAUGCUAUAAAAAAGAAACAGACUCUGUAUGACUGUCCACACGCUGAGAACUGGUUUUCAUUAUUGUAAAAAACAAAAAAACAAAAAAAAACAUUCCCGUCUUUUGGACUAAAGAAGUUGUGGGAAAAGCUGUUUUUGUCUUUUUCAAAUAUAUAAAUAUAUAUGUACGUAUACUACAGCAGAUGGAAGAAAUACGCCCAGGCAGGAAGUUUCAAAGUUAAAAAAAUAAAAGCCCCCUUCCCCAGGUUCUGUCCAUCCUGUUGUGAUGCUGUUCAACGGUUCGAGUGGGUGUUUUUAUUUUCUUAUUUUCAUUUUGAGAAGCAAUGAUUGUUGUAACAUAGAUGUUUAAUUUGCAGUCCCCAUGAACCCCCCCCUUGUUAGGAACUCUCUCUUUUUUAACUGUGGUGGUUUGUAGAGAAAAGCUCAGCGUCCAGAUGUGGAGCUGCUGUUAGAUCUGCCUAAAAAAACAAAAACAAAAAAAGAAAUAAUGUGUUUGUCUGUGUGUGUGUGCGUUUGUGUGUUUGUGUGUGUUUUUGGGGCGUCUCUCUCUCUCUCUCUCUCUCUCUUUCUUCAUAAAUCUAUUGUCUCUCUCUCUCUCUCUGUCCACCCAGUGCCAGGAUCAUCAUGUAUGAAUGAAUGUAGUUCUAGUCCUCAGCGCAGCGACGCCUCCCACACACACAAACACACACAGACACACAACCUGUUACUGCAAAGUCAAAUAAAAAUCACUGUAGAAAACAAAGGGUUAUUUCAAUUUUAUCUUUUUGUAUAUGGAAAUAAACAUUAAAUACUGUCAGAUCAUUUUA